UUGUUUAGGAAAGUAUGUUGAACGUCUUCGUGGUGCUGACAAGAACAUGGAGACAUUUCCAUGUCCUACAUGUCGCUCAGAGUUCACUCUCAAAUCAAACCAAGAUGUUGCUGAACUGCCAAGAAAUUAUUUCAUUAAGAAUAUGCUGGAAAUUAUGGCAAUUCAACAAAAAGCCAAAGCGUCUACUGCAUGUUCACGCUGCCAAGAUCCUGCCAUUAAUCACUGCGCAUCAUGUGAAAUAUUUAUGUGUAAGAAAUGUUCAGAGUCGCAUGAUAGUUGGAUAGCGAUUAUGAAAUUAAGCCAUAACGUGUUGUCUGUACAGGAACUGUGCAAUCCUGAAAGUCAAGUAAAAAUGAGAAGAAAGCUUUAUUGUGCAAAACACGAAGACAAAAUACUCGAAUACUAUUGUGAAACAUGCAAAGAACUUUGCUGUAUAGAUUGUGUAGUGUUGAAUCAUCAGAAACCAAACCAUUCUUGUGUGGCAAUGCGCAAAAUCACAGAGAAGCAAAGAGAAACAUUGCAAUCAAGCUGCACAACACUUGACGAGAAAUUAGCUGAAGGAAAGGAAGUGUUAAACAACAUCUGUGAGGUGAUGAAGUCUCUUGAAAAGAAUGCCAAAACUGCUAAAGAUCAAAUCAAACAACAAAAGGAAAAUAUCUUGAAGAUUGUGGCAGAAAAACUUGACCGGAAAGCAGAGAAAAUGAACGAGGAAGUGGACAAGGUUUAUGGUGAAUUACACAGUGAACUGAGCAAACAACAUGAUGAAAUGAAAGGCUAUCUUGAUAAAGUUCAAGCUUCAGUGUCCUUGCCAAGAAAUCUCCUCAAGAGAGGAAGUAUUGAAGAAAUGCUCUCAUCACAAAAAUUGAUUGAUGAGAAAAUCGAGAAAUUGAGCAAUCAACAACCAGAGAAUCUGGUCGCAGUGAAUGAUGAUAGUAUUCAGUAUGUACCGGACGACAUUGGUAAUAUCAAUGUUGAUGAAAUUGUUGAUAAGUUGGGACAUGUGGAAGGUAUGUGCAAUUUACGGUAUAUUACCGUCAGUACAUUAUAGAGGUUCAGAUUUGACUUCCACUACCGCUACCACUAACGGAUUAACCAAUAUAAAUAAAAAUUAUUAUAUAUAUAUAUAAUUAUAUAUAUAUAUAUAUAUAUAUAUAUAUAUAUAUAUAUAUAUAUAUAUAUAUAUAUAUAUAUAUAUAUAUAUAUAUAUAUAUAUAUAUAUAUAUAUAUAUAUAUAUAUAUAUAUAGUUACGGCCCUGCCAAUCUGAUACGUGUUUAGAGCGUGAAAAAUAGUUGUAGCGGUAGUGGAAGUCAAAUCUGAAGCUCUAUAAUAUUAUCGUCAGUACAUAAAUUAUUUUCUAAAGGAAAUUAUUUUCUAUGUUAAGGAUACACUAGAAUUAUUUUUUAUGUCGAUUUUCAGGCCGGAUCUAACUUAAAAAUAGUAGCAACUGUGUAGCUAAUUAAAUUUAGGUAUUUACUCAUAAUUGUCCAACACUUGCUCGCUAGGAGUAAGAUCAUCUGGCGUUACACAGACCAAGGUACUGUUUCAAUACAGUAUGCUGUACAUAUGAUCGGAGCAUUGGUGUAAAAACAAGUGAAAAUCAAGCAAGGGCGUUAGAGGGUGAAUUGUGGCAUAGCGGAUUGACAAUACUCAUUGCCAAAUAGUCUUGUUAACUUCCCAGAGCCCAAAACUUUCUUUAGAGGAGUAAAAUCGACGUAAAUAUUUGAAUUUCAGCAGCGUCAUUCCUGACGAUGACUGCAAGUUAUUCGAAACGUAGAAUAAAAAUGUUAAUCGUUUUAGAGCUGCCUAUGGCUGUGUAUAAUAUUAAAAUGUUGUUUACUUACUCUAGUUUUAUACCUAAUUUGUGUAAAUCGCUUUUUAUAUUACAUUAAAUUUAGUUGCUAUUACAUAACAAAUAUCUGCUAAUACAUAACAGAUACCUUGUAAAGAUCUUUUGUGGCUUACAUAAAUUCGUUGUUUACUAUAGGUUCUGUGUCUGCAACGUACAAUCUAAAAAAGUCAUCCAGUAUUUUGAAAGGAGAGAUUGCCUUCAUGAAACAACUAACGAAAUGGUUGGGAGAGAAGUGUAAAUGGACUCUUUGUUACAGAGCUUCCAGAGAUGGUUGGAGUUUCCAGGCUUUUCACAGACAUUGUGACAAUAAAGGACCGACAGUGGUUUUGGUGAAAGCCAAUAAUUGUAUUUUCGGAGGAUACACUGACCAAAACUGGGAUUCAGGUAUGUAAGAAAAGAUUUAUAUGUUAAUAUUUGCACAUUUAUGAGAGCUAUAUAUUUCUUCAGCAAACUGCAUUUCAACCUCUUGUGGACGAAAGACCCUGGUCG